AUGGCGGCUAGGGCGACUCAGGAUGAGAAGGAUGACUGGAACAACGAGCUCUUGGACCUGAUCGAGGAGGCCCGCGUCCUCAAGGUUGGGGAGGGGUGGCUCGAUUGGGCGCGCUCGCAUUUACCCCCCCCGGAGAGCACUGCCAUUUGGUCGGACGCGCUGCCGAAGGGGCUGGGCGUAGGAGACCAGAAGGCCAGGCAGCAGUGCGUGGACGACACGUGCCAGGAGGGCCGCCUUCUAUUAGCUGAGUGCUACGACGACGCCGGGGUGAAGCAGGGCUACGCCAUGUUGCGGGUGAGCUUCACGGAGGAUUCGGCGAUCGGAGAUCCCAAGGACGGCCCCAUCGAAUGCGAGUUCAUAGCGGCCACGGACGGCUACUAUGAGCACUGGGCGAAGAGGCACUUGGUACCGGGCAGCCGGGCAGCCUACCACAUCAGCAUCUGUGGCAAGGCCGGCGCCGUCAAGAACAUGAAGGGCAGGGCGGUCGUGCACCUGAAGAGGUACAGCAUGUUGAGCAUCGAGGAGGCGGUGAAACGGGACUGGGCCGUGCGCCCCCUCUUCGCCAUGUGGAAGCGGCGCGUGAGGGAGCUCAUUAAGAAACAUGGCAAACCUGGGAGCUUCGCGCAGGACCCGCAGGAGGAGGAGGCCUGCUCCCCCAUCGCCGGCCUGGCCGAGGAGAUCGAGAGGGCAAGGUUGAGGGCCAGGCUGGAGGAGAACAAGGCUGGGGCGGAACUGCUGGACGGCGCGAGCCGGCAGGUGCCCCGUCGCCUUUCUCAGGGGGAUGCGGCGAGAAUGCUCGAGGCCAGGCGCAAGAGGGUCGACAACGACCAGGCCCUGGAGGAUCGCGUGCAAGCCGUGCACGGCGCAGAGCAAGGACGCAAACGCGAUCGUGAGGGCGACGGCGACGAGCACCGCAAGCCCGUGAAGCAGCGCCGGGAGUCGGUGAGCGACCGUCUGCACUUGCAGGCCUCGGCGCACCAUCCCCCUUCCCAAGGCGGGGAGGCGGGCUCGGACCAGGAUGGGGUUGCUCGCGCGCCUCGUGAACGGGGUGACCGGCGUCGUUCGCGGUCGCGGCGCCGCCAGAGCCGCCGCAGCAGGAGCCGGGGCAGGAACCGUUCGAGCAGUUCUCGUUCGAGGUCGAGUUUUCUCAAGGGCCUCCGCGACCGUGCACCGACCGCCAGGGACAUCGCAGAGAAGCACGCAGGCCGGAUCAUGCGGCAGGGCCUCGAGGAGAUGUCGAAGUACCUGGCGGGGCGCGCGGGGGCCCGGGAAGAGUGGUACGAGGUGCGAGUUUUAGCAUAUUUGAGCCAGAACGUAAUGAAGAAGGACGUGAGCGAGCGGAACGCCCGGGAGCUCCGCACCCUGGCCGAGGUGAUGGACGCGCUCAUCAUGGGAGAUCUCACGAGAGUGGGCGACAUUGCCAUGGGCAGGUUCCAGGCGAUCGAGGUGGCGCAUUCGCAGGGCGGUUGGGACCAGGCGCGACACCUGGAGGUGGCUGCCAACCACGAUGCGGUCUCAGUGCCAGCAGCUAUGAUGGAUAUGGCGGCGAAAGCCGAGCUCCGGUCCCAGCAGCUCCGCGAUGGUGCGCGGAAGGGCAUCCUCAAGUGGCCCCCUCGACGUGUCCACUUCGCGGAGCCCGCCGACGACAGCUGGAAGGGCGACGUCGGGGGCGCCCAACGGCCGCCGGGGGAAGCAGGACCAGCAGCAGCGGGCACCAGCUUGCCCCUGGCGCCGCCUACCGGUCGCUCCGCACAGGGCGACAACGACAAGGGCAAGGGCACGCUGUUGGGGCGGACUCCGAAGCAGCUCGCCAGAUCCAGAUCGCUUUCGAAGCGGCGGGGCCUGCGGGACAAGCACUGCGAGGUUGAGGCGAUCGACGCUGCCGAUGGCGACGUGGCUUCCUGGGCGAAGUCAGAAGUCCCUGCUGCUGGAGGGAGAGCUCGGGGCCACGAUACCAUAGAGCGAGGGGUGCGAUGCUGGACGGCCCUGGCGGUCGUACAACUCAACCUUGCUUGGGGCGCGGCCGUUGAAACGUGGCCAUUGGAACCGGAGCUGGAGAGCCACAGGCUCACGUUGCAGCAUGUGUGCGACACUUGCCGGUACUUCGUCAUGAACAAGACAGCGUCUGGCGAGGUACCCCGCAGUCCGGCAUGGGACUGGAAGGGGAAGAUCGCCGCGAAGAGGGUGUCUUACCAAGGCGAAAUUCUGGAGUUUGCGAAGAAGCUGACUUUGGAGCAGAUGCUCCCGGGGCUCCCACCGCCGGGCCAAGGUGGCUCUAUCCCGAUCGCUGCUUGGUGCCGCGGCGAGACCCUAGCGAAGGUGCGCGACCCUACAUUGUCGAUGCUGCCAGAAAGCGAGAUACCGGAACUCCCGCGGGCCCGGGUCCAGGCGGACGACGACGAGUGGGCGGUGAUCGUGCAUGAGCUCUUCAAGCGGAACUUGGUCAAAGAGGUGCGCGAGCAGGACAUCUUCCAUGUCCGCGGCGAGCCCGUCACCGCGGGCGCCUUCGGCAUAGUGGAGGCCGGGAAGCAGACGCCGACCGGCCUCGAAGUCUUGAGGUUGAUCAUCAGUUUGACACCCAUGAACAUGUGCCAGCGCGCGAUAGGUGGCGACGUCGAGACCAUGGCGGGCGCCACGCACUGGAUGACCUUUGUUCUUGGCGACGGCGAGAUCCUCCUCAUCUCCGGUGACGACCUGGUGUGCAGCUUCUACUUGUUCGCGCUGCCGGAGGCGUGGCUACCUUAUUUUGCUCUGAGCAAGCCGGCCCCGAAGUGGGCGUUGGGGGGCACUGGAAUGGAGCCGGCUUGGGCGUCCGUGGCAGUGCUGCCCAUGGGGUGGCUCAGCGCGGUGGGAGUGAUGCAGCAUGCGCACCCCGCGCUCCUCCUGGAACGCGCCGGGCUGCCAGGAGAGCUGGAGGUGCGGAAAGACCGGCCGCAACCCACCAGUCUCGCCGAGGAUGCGCGGUCGGCCUGGCACGUGUACGUCGACGACUCCACCGAGCUGGAGGCCGUGGACGGCGGCAAGGCGAAGGACGUCAUUGGGCAGAAUGGGACAUUGCAGAAUUUGGCACGGCGGGCAUACCGAGAAGCAUCAUGGCCAUUCGCGGUGGAGAAGGCCGUUGAGAGGGCGCCUCAGGCGGAUCGCUUGGGGCGGCAUCUCGACGGCGACAAGGGGCGGAUAGGUGUGAGGACAGAGAGAAUCCUCGGAAACCUCAGCCUGGCGUGCUACCUGUGCUCUAGUGAGGGCGUGCGCCGACACUGGUUGCAGAUCUACGCAGCUAAGGAAGUGCACACACUGGAAAUGAGAAGAUGCCUUUUCUCGCAGUACCGGGCCCUGUGGGCAAGCGCGCCGCGAGGCGCGCGCCCCCUCCCGGCCAAUCUCUGCGACGAGAUGGUCGGCUCCCUUUCGCUAGCGCCGUUCCAGUACACCAACCUCCGCGCGAAGCUCGAGCCGACGGUCACGGCCUCGGAUGCCAGCCCUUACGGGGCUGGCGUGGGUGUAGGCGUCGGCGACCGGCUGGGCGCCGCGAGGGUCGCCAUGCAGGCGCUGAGCUUGAACGAGGCGAUCAAGCUCGUGGAGGCGCUGCCUUGCUGGUCGCAAAUCUUCGUGGUGGGGCAGCUGCCCCAUUGCGACCCCUGCGAGAAGAGCGGGUUCGACCAGCUCGCGGCGCACCUCGAGGUUGUGGAGGUGUUCCGGACGAUGGCCGUUCAGAGGGGCAAGGGUUUCGCUAUGGUGCUCGAGUCCUUGCCCUCGGGAGAGAUGGCCGUUGCCGAGAUCAACAACUUUCUGGGGGUGAAGGCCGCGCAAUGGCAGGCUGGCGAGAUCUCGCGGGUGGAGCGCGCCAGGUUGUACUGGGUCUUGCCGCGCAUGCCAUCCACCUUUGAGGGAGGACGGAUCGACUACGGGGAGGUGUACGACGAGGGCACCUUCGAGGAGAUCCUGGUGCCAGCUAGCGAGGUGGAGCGCACGGGACGGUUAUGGAGGGCAGGCCGUUUUGACCCCGAGCUUCGGCUGCCCGUUGUCUGCGGGAGCUUCCGCCGUGCAACUCCGCCGCGGUUAACUCAGGGACUGGCUUCUUGCUCCGCGAAGGCCAAGGAGCGCUGGCACGCCGACAAGCACGCCUUGCCCCCCAUUCUUUACGAGGAGGGGUUCAUGUUCGAGGACCCAGAGGGCAUCGCAGGGGCGGUGAAGGUCGAGGAGUGCGAGGGCUUCAUGGGUUACCCGUGGGAUUACACCGCGGCGGUGCUAGAACAUGCAGCUGCACGUGCCGUGCCUAUGCUGCCACAGGCGCACGCGAAGCAGGGAACCCAGCGAGCUCCGAGGCUGCCGGGGACACUGCUGCGGACCCUGGGGCUGACCACCGACGCUGCCCGGAGGACCCGCCAGGUGGACCCGCAGCUCGACGACGUGGUCAAAGUGCCCGCGAGCUGGUCUAUCCGGGGAAGCGUGGACGAGUACAUCGUGGAGAGCAUUUUGCGCCGUGUGGACCACCGCGGAUCGGAUGUGAGGCUCGACUUGGGGGUGCUCUAUCGCCCGUGCGCCUGGCCGCGCAUGAGCAUCGACCCGUCGAGGUGGACAUGGCGCUCGGUUAUUUCCCGGCGCUGGCGCGACCGCGAGCACAUUAAUGUUUUGGAGCUCCGGGCGGCGCUGCUCACCGUGAGGUGGCGCAGCAGGUCCACUUCGUUCCGGUCGUCCCGCUUUGUCCAUUUGAUGGAUUCACAAGUGGCCCUGGCAGUUGCUACCAAAGGGCGAUCUUCUGCAUGUAUCUUGAACCGUGUUCUCGUGAAGCUGACCGCGCUUUUACUUGCCCUCGACGUCUAUCCAGUAUACGGCUACGUCGCGACGGAGGAAGUGGGAGCCCUCGCCGACGCGGUUGUCACGAAGGGGACCCUCAAGCGUUACGAGAACAUGUUUAAUUUGUUUCAGGAAUUCGCGAAUUCAAACAACCUUGACAUCCAUACCAGCGUGCGCCUGGACGAGUCCCUGUGCAAGUACAUCGGGGAGUUGUGGGAGGAAGGUGCGCCCAAAGCUGACGCAUCUUACACCUAUGCGGCACUGCGGCACUUCUACAUCACCAGCAGCCCCCCGCUCCACGGGGAGCUGUGCGGGGACCUUCUUCCCGGAGAGCGGCUGCUGCAGGCAGUCCGCGCGUGCACCUUCCUGCGGCAGUUUUCGAGGGCCCUUGAAGUUCUGAAAUUGGAUGCUGGUGUCUUCUCGCCGUACAGUCUACGUCGCGGAGGAGCCACGUUUGAUUUCCGCAGCCAUGGCCGCAUGGAGAAGACUUUGAUGCGAGGGAGGUGGCAGAGCAGCCAGACCGCGAAACUGUACAUCCAAGAGGGCUUGGCAAAUUUGGCUGAGUUCGAACUUACGGAUCAACAGCUUCAGCUGCUUGAGGCGGCAG